GAACAAGACUGGUGCGUUUAUAGGACUUGGCGUAGGUUGUGCAGUGCUUGUACUGACAGUCGUUAUUGCAGUAAUCCUGGCAAGAAGACAAAAGAAAUUCUGUUUUGAGAGAAAAGAAAGUAACCAGCCGAUGCACAUCAUCACGGCCACACAAAAUACAACAUCUGAUCUGAAGGUACCUCCACAAACAAAUGCCUCAGCAUACACUGACAUCACACUAGCAGAUAUGACUGAUGUCAAGCCAAUGUCUUCCGCCGUUCCUAUGGCAACUGUACGACCUAGAGUUCAAAACUACGACAAUACCUUUCACUCAGAUGGAGAUGAGAAUGAUUACAAUGUCCUAUCACCGCCUGGAAAACAUCACGCUCCGGGGACACCCAGGAAACCGAUCAACAACCUCCCAGGGCCUGUCAAAGGGGACUACGACACAGCACAAGCGUGGAGCCAACGGCAUGGGUCUACUGGGCUGAACGAGUUGGGACCGUCUGCUGCGACGAGAGCUCCAGAGAAUUGCCAGGGAGACAACGACGUAGUCGGACAGCACGACUCCGAAGGAGACCCUGAGGUGUAUGACCAUUUGAGAGAUGGCGAGGGGGAUCAUGCCACAUCACAGCAGGGAAAGACUCCAAGAGAAAUGGAUGAGUCGUACAGUCACAUUGGGAGGACCAACAAGGGAUUUGAUGACAACGCUUAUGACGUUGCCAGUGUGAGGCAGACGGAGGACAGACGUGACGACACCUACAACCACACCGACUCUGUUAAAGACAAUCCAGGAGAUACCAAUGACUACUACAACACAAGGUCUCUCUUCAGAGACAACAACGAGAGCCUUGGUCGACAAGAUGAGAUACCGGACAACACUGAUGUCUACAGUCGUGCAAAGAGAAUUUCUGAUGCAUGACUUUAGUAAUGCCGUUAUUCAUAGUUCCUCAGUUUCGUAAUGUUUGUUUUGAAAUUCAGUUUCAUGUUUUAAAAUAUAAUUGUCAACAUUUACCCAUCAAUAACAAAGAUUCAGUUGAUCUUCUAGAUUCCAUGGCCGUUGUAUGUGGUAAACCUUCAAAACAUGCAGAAAACGGUUGAAAGGAUAAAUCUGAAAGUCCACUUUAUCGCCUUGCAGCCUAUUAAGUUUAAGAAUUUUUCAUGUUUUAAAUACAUGCGAAAAAACUGUACUUAGAAAUAAUAGCAGCAUGAUAUUAUAUUAAGCUUAACCCAGUUUAACCCAGAGAUGUAAUAUAUGUACAUAACUGUUAGGGUACUAUGUUGUAAAAUAAUU